UGCCACUUGGGGCGAGUUCAGCAGGGCACAAAGUGGUGGAAGUUCGGAUACAAAUACUUGUGGCGUUCCAUUGUGUUAUGUAAGAAAAUGCAUGUUUGUAUUACAUGUAGAAUACAGAUCGGCCUACAUCCACAGAGUAAAAUACGAAUAUUUUUUUUUUCAAUAUGGUCAAUGGGAUUAGGCUACUGGAGAAAGAAAGAGAAUGGGAGAGAAAGAGACUGUAAGUGAGUAUUAAAUAGGCUUUGCUGGUCCAAUCCCUCAGCAACUGUCACAAGCACUAAUCAUCUGCAGAUGAUGUUCCUGAAAAUGCCCCUAGCAACCCAGUCACUCUCCCCUCAGUCAAUGGUUUCAGCAGAGCACAGAGUUACAUUUAGGUAACCUGCCUACAAAAUACAGUCUGAGACUGAUAACACACACCCCUCACCAUGGAGAUACUGGGAAAGUGUGUUUUACAGCUCUCCACCCCCAACCCUUCCCUCCACCCCUUCUCUAUCACUGAACUCUCACUCCCUCUCUCAUCUCUCCCUCCAGCCAGUUGCCCCUCCUGCUUUAAUUCCUCCAAUCCUCUUUGUAGGACUGACGUCUACAACUGUCACAAACAGAGCUAAGCCAGGAGAGGAGGAAAAAUAGGCUGGUAGUCUCAGGAACAAACUGCUCUCACAUUUCCACUAGCUCAGCUUCCAAAGCUCUCCAGGCCUUAGGGGGGCUGAUCUACCCUCCCAGCUCCCUCUCCCCUUUGGGACUCACCACCCUGCCUGACCGGAGGACAUCCAGGGGACACUCACUCAGCCUCACCCAGGACCUAGGAUUUCAGCUCACUGCAACUGUAUCCUCCUCAGAGGACUCCAGAGCCUGCAGCGUGACCCACCCUCCCUACUUCUGUCUAACGAAGAGAGGUAGUUCUCCAUCUUUCUGUACAUCAGUCUCAGGACCACCAGAGCUCCCACUUUUAGGCCUUAUCUCCCAUAGACUGUAUCUGCAGAGAGACAGGAGAACCCCAAAGACAGAGACAGGAGGAUUUAGAGGGCUAUUUAAUUGACACAGUUGUGAGACAGUGUGUCUGUGUGUUUCUGAUAACGACUGUGGCAGUGAAUGGACACAGACCACUCAUGUAAGCAGUGUGUUAGAGAAAGAACACACUCUGGGGAAGUCUGUUCUAGUGGCGUUGGGUGUGCAGGUGUCCGUGAUAUGCCAGGUGUGUGUAAAUGAGGCAUUGUAAUUGUAAGGCAUUGAAUGUGCAUGUGAGACUUGAUAGAGGCCUCAAGUGUGUCAGAGGCAUUGGUAGUGUAUGUGUGUGAGAGGUAAGUCAGGUUGAGUGUGUGUGUGUGUGAAAGGUGUCAGUCAGGUGUGUGUGAAAGGGGUCAGUCAGGUCUGUGUGUGUGUGUGAAAGGAGUCAGUCAGGUCUGUGUGUGAGAGACGACGACCGUGGAGGCCUUAGCCCUGGAUUUCUCAGAGAUGGAGGGUCAAGGCUACGACCGGUUUGGUGAGCUUGAGCAAGACACCUACCAGAUCGACUACCGCCGUAUAGUUGGUGACACUGAGCCUGCCAGGCCGCGCCUCUCGCCCCGUGAAGGGGAACACACACACCCCAACUCCAACCCUCGUGGAGCCUACACGCACACCAACCCUCAUGGCCACGGGCACGAGACGGCCGCGCAGAGAUACAAUGCCACACGCAUCCAAGCCGGAUACGAACCUGAAAGCAUGGCCGACUACCUGAUCAGUGGAGGGACAGGGUACGUGCCUGAAGAUGGACUGACGGCUCAGCAGCUCUUCUUUAUCGGGGAUGGACUCACAUACAAUGAUUUCCUGAUUCUGCCUGGUUUCAUAGACUUUAUUUCUGAUGAAGUGGACCUGACCUCAGCUCUGACCAGGAAGAUCACCCUGAAGACUCCUAUCAUCUCAUCUCCCAUGGAUACAGUCACUGAGUCCUCCAUGGCCAUUGCUAUGGCUCUCAUGGGCGGGAUCGGGAUCAUGCACCAUAACUGUACUCCAGAGUUCCAGGCCAACGAGGUCCGCUUGGUUAAGAAAUUUGAGCAGGGUUUCAUCACAGACCCAGUGGUGAUGAGUCCUCGCCACACAGUGGGAGACGUAUUCGAAGCCAAGGUCCGCCACGGCUUCUCUGGCAUCCCUGUCACCGAGACGGGCAAGAUGGGCAGCAAGCUGGUGGGCAUCGUCACCUCCCGAGACAUUGACUUCCUCUCAGAGAAAGACCAUGACAGACCCCUGGAAGAGGCUAUGACAAAGAGGGAAGAUUUAGUGGUUGCACCAGCUGGCGUCACACUGAAAGAGGCCAACGACAUCCUGCAGCGCAGCAAGAAAGGUAAACUGCCCAUAGUGAAUGACAGUGAUGAGCUAGUUGCCAUCAUCGCCAGGACAGACUUGAAGAAGAACCGAGACUAUCCACUUGCCUCUAAAGACUCCAGGAAACAGCUGCUGUGUGGAGCGGCCAUCGGAACCAGAGAGGAGGACAAAUGCAGACUGGACCUGCUGAUGCAGGCUGGGGUUGACGUGGUAGUGCUGGACUCCUCCCAGGGGAACUCUGUCUAUCAGAUCAACAUGAUCAACUACAUCAAACAGAAAUACCCUGAACUACAGGUGGUGGGAGGAAACGUGGUGACUGCAGCCCAGGCUAAGAAUCUGAUCGAUGCGGGUGUGGACGCUCUGAGGGUGGGGAUGGGCUGCGGCUCCAUCUGCAUCACCCAGGAAGUGAUGGCGUGUGGGCGUCCCCAGGGCACAUCAGUGUACAAGGUGGCAGAGUACGCCAGGCGCUUCGGUGUGCCCGUCAUUGCAGACGGAGGCAUCCAGACCGUUGGACAUGUGGUAAAAGCUCUCGCUCUUGGGGCAUCCACAGUGAUGAUGGGGUCAUUGCUCGCAGCAACCACAGAGGCCCCGGGGGAGUAUUUCUUCUCAGAUGGCGUGCGGCUGAAGAAGUACCGUGGGAUGGGCUCCCUGGACGCCAUGGAGAAGAACAGCAGCAGCCAGAAACGCUACUUCAGUGAGGGGGAUAAGGUGAAGGUGGCUCAGGGUGUGUCAGGGUCGGUUCAGGAUAAAGGUUCUAUCCAUAAGUUUGCCCCCUACCUUAUCGCUGGCAUACAACAUGGCUGCCAAGACAUCGGAGCCAAGAGCCUCUGCAUACUGCGGUCCAUGAUGUAUUCUGGGGAGCUGAAGUUUGAGAAGAGGACCAUGUCAGCUCAGGUUGAGGGGGGAGUACACGGGCUCCACUCGAGUUGCUACUUAAACCGGGGAUUGGCAGUUAUACCAUACGAGGUCCAUUGUGGGUGCAGGCUUUCGCUCCAGCCAAAGCAGUAACAGCAGAUGCAAGUAAUUCACUUUUGACUAUGAUUGGUUGAUUUAUUGUUUUGGAUGUGUCACGGUUUUAGCUGGAGCAGAAUCCUGCACCUACUCUGACCAUUUGUGGAUAGAAUUGCCUACCCCUGAGCUAAACAGUAGCACUGAAGCAAGCAAGACAUCACAAUGUCUGUCUUCU